ACCUUCCAGUACUCUCUUCUCAUCCGUCGUCUCAACUUUUCUCUUCUGGGAGAAAACGUAAGCGACCAAAUGCUCGCCCGACUAAGUUCCUGCGAGAGAUUGGAGAGACUUACCCUGGCAGGAUGCAGAAGGCUGACAGACUCGGGUAUUUUGGGAUUAUUGGAAAAAGUAGACGGGUUAGUGGCUUUGGAUGUGUCGGACAUUGAGAAUCUGACAGAUGCAGUAGUAGAAUUGGUGGGUGAACGAUGUAGACGUUUACAAGGAUUGAAUGUGAGCCUGUGCAAAAAAGUCACUGACAAAGGAAUUAUGACCGUAGCUUCAAGAUGUAGAGGUUUGAGAAGGAUCAAGUUGAGUAGCUGUGAAAAUAUUACAGACGAAUCUGUGAUAGUAUUGGCUAAGAAUUGUCCACAUUUGCUUGAACUCGAUCUCACCAACUGUCACCAAAUAACCAAUAAAGCAAUUCAGCCGGUUUUUGAAAAUUGUACGCAAUUACGUGAACUUCGGCUUGCAUGUUGCACUCAUCUUACAGAUGAUUCAUUUACAAAAACGAUGCCGUCUCUGUUCGAACAACUACGCGUCCUUGAUCUUACAUCAUGCGCUCUUAUCACCGAUCAGACAAUUAAUAAGAUUGUUCACAGCGCACCGAAAUUACGCAACCUUGUAUUAGCCAAAUGUGGAAAUAUUACAGACGAAGGGGUUUAUAACAUUACAAAGUUGGGUCGGCACUUGCAUUAUCUUCACCUAGGCCACUGUUCGCGAAUCACCGAUCACUCAAUAACCCUUCUAGCUCGUCAUUGUGACCGUUUGAGGUAUCUCGACUUGGCAUGCUGUACCCAGCUCACAGAUUCAUCAGUUUUCGAGCUUUCUCAACAUCUAAAGAAAUUGCGUCGUAUUGGUUUGGUAAAAUGUGCUCUCAUCACAGAUCAAGCCAUUUACGCGCUGAUCGAAAACCGUGUAGUAUCUCAAACACUUGAACGUGUUCACCUGUCAUACUGUGUCAACCUCACCAUCGCGGCAGUAUUAGAUCUUGUCAAUUAUUGCUAUCGUUUGACACAUCUAUCUCUCACCGGGGUUCCAGCAUUUCUCAGGCCGGAUGUGCAGCGUCAUUGCAGGCAGCCGCCAAAGGAAUUCACUCCACAUCAAAGACAAGUUUUUUGCGUUUUCAGCGGUAAAGGUGUCAAAGAAUUGCGGAACUAUCUCAACAACUUGAUUAUUGGUCAGAGUCGUCGCGAUCAAAUUGUGCAAUCGUCAAUAACGGCUGGCGCUGACAUUGAUGAGUUAGUGGUAUCUGAAGCUGAAGGUGCUGGUGGUGAUAUUUCUGAGGGUGGUGAAGGUGAGAACGAUAAUGUUCGUGAUGGGAACAAUAUUGGACAACGAGUUCACAACAUAAGUCCAGAUGGCGAUGAUGGCGAUGUAGGAAAUCCACAUGAUUUAUUGUUCGGAAUUUAA